AUGUCGACGACGGUGACGCCGAAUGGCAAGCCAAAGCGGAAACGUCAGCGCAAGCGCAGAGCGGCAUCACUUUCCUCGCUCUCUUCCUCAUCCUCAGAGGGUAGCGCAGACGAAUCGUCAGCAAAACCUGCUGCAGUCACAGAUGGACCUGCAGAGUCCGAGAGCUCUGGAGAGGAGAGCACAGCGUCUUCGGCGACGUUGAGCGACUCGUCCGAAGACGAGAGCGAACGAUCGGUGCCUGCAGCCGUCAUUGCUCAGGAUCCAGCUCGGGCAGAAAGAGCCAAGAGAGGCUACUCACUCUCACCGCCUCGCUCACCCUCACCACCCUACUGGGGCACCGGACUCGACCGCGACGGACAUCCGCUCUUGUGGGGUCACGUACCCGGCGAUGUCGAUAGAGAAGCGAAAGACUUGACAGAGCAGGAAAAGAAAGACCAGGCCGAUUACUUACGUCUGCGGGAGUUCUACAUGACCGAACUUGUCACUCGUUUCGGGAACGAACUUGACACGAUCAGAAAAGAGCCGGAUCUGACAGAGUCGAGAUUGCGAACGAUGAUCACCUCCCUAGCAAGCGGUGUCGACCUCUUCACGUCAGAUUCACCCAAGAGCGGAGGAGCGUGGAGGUCGAGUACAUCGGAGUGGCCUUCCGAUCGUGCAGUAUUACUACACGCACUCGACGAGAGAGACGCCGCGGCGACUCAAAAGGCGGCAGACGAGGCUAUGCAGCAAGACUAG